UGGCGUCAGGGCGAAAAACUGCACGGGGACUGGCCUGAAAGUGGAGUCGUUGCGCUCGAGACAACGCUCGCGACAUGUCCGUUUUCUUUCUUUCUUAUUUUCAAAAGUCUGCGGUUUGUUUUUAGUGUAAGUUACGCAUUGAGUGGGACCUGGAGCCCAGCCGUUUAAUGAGAACGAAACCAACAGGUUUCCCCCGCAGUAAAAUAGGCAAGAAGAAGCAGUCCAGCCCUCGGAAUGGAUAUGACUGCGGUAGUUAACUAGCUAUCAUUAAAAAAUAAUCACAGAUUUGGUUGUUCCGGUUUUUUGCGCUGGCUACAAUACCAAGCAGCUCAAUCAGGAUACGCAACUUAAUCCGACGUGUCAGUUAGCUACUAGUUACGGCUAACGUUAUUAACUCUAUCUGCCUUAACAACUACGAACUAAAAGGGUUGAUCUCGGCCGGAGCGGGCGGACCUUUGGAGGAGGGAAACUGGCAUUCGCGAUGCUGUCCAACGCUCAGAACCCGGCGCUGCUUCUCCAGUCUCACCCAAAGCCCACACUGCAAAUUAAGAAAAAUGCGAUAACGGACGAUUACAAGGUCACGCGCCAGGUCCUUGGGCUAGGAAUUAAUGGAAAGGUUUUAGAAAUCUUUCAGAAGAAAGACGGGGAAAAGUACGCUUUAAAGAUGCUGCAGGACUGUGCGAAGGCUCGGAGGGAGGUGGAGCUGCACUGGAGGGCCUCGCCCUGCCCCCACAUUGUGCGCAUUGUGGACGUCUACGAGAACCUGUACCAGGGGAAGAAGUGCCUGCUCAUCGUCAUGGAAUGUAUGGAUGGAGGAGAACUGUUCAGCCGCAUCCAAGACCGGGGAGACCAAGCCUUCACUGAGAGAGAAAGAAGCGAGAGGUCUUUGUUGUGACUGUGAGAACCUGUGCUGUGUUGUCCUUAUGGCACCUUCCUGCUUCAACUGAGUUUUUUUUCCUUUCAGCCAGAGAACCUGCUGUAUACCUCAAAAAGACCCAAUGCAGUCCUCAAACUGACAGACUUUGGGUUUGCCAAAGAAACCACAACACACAACUCCCUAGCAACACCUUGCUAUACUCCGUACUACGUGGCUCCAGAGGUGCUUGGUCCUGAAAAGUAUGACAAGUCGUGCGACAUGUGGUCUCUGGGAGUCAUCAUGUACAUCCUGCUCUGCGGAUACCCGCCCUUUUACUCGAACCAUGGCUUGGCCAUUUCCCCCGGCAUGAAGAAGAGGAUCCGCAUGGGCCAGUACGAGUUCCCCAACCCGGAGUGGGCGGACGUCUCUGAGCAAGCCAGGCAGCUGAUCCGCACGCUGUUGAAGACGGAGCCCACGCAGCGGAUGACCAUCACUGAGUUCAUGAACCAUCCCUGGAUCAACCAGUCGAUGGAGGUCCCUCAGACCCCCCUGCACACCAGCCGUGUGCUAAAGGAGGAGAAGGACACUUGGGAGGAUGUGAAGGAGGAAAUGACCAGUGCCCUUGCUACCAUGAGAGUGGACUAUGAGCAAAUCAAAAUCAAGACCAUUGAGGAUUCCUCCAAUCCGCUACUGGCGAAGAGGAGGAAGAAGGCCAAAACAGGCAGAGAGACAGAGACACCGGACACCUAAGAGACGCGUGGCGUGUGCGUGUGCGUGUACGCUCCGAGAAACACGUGGCGUGUGGAUGUACACUCCGAGCUGUACAAUGGAAGCAAUAACCUUCGGCAGAAUGAAAUUGUGAGAGUUAAAUUGCAUGGAUUUUCAGAAAACCUACAGAUGAUCACAAGUUUAUUUUUCAUUACUCAUUUAAUUUUUUAAAGAAACAUUUCUUUUUAUUCUGAAAAAUGUUUAACAAAUCGGCCACUCCUGUAAAAGGGCAUAAAAAGCAGGCUAAGGAUCAGAGAUUAUGAAGCAGGACAUGAGAGGCUGAGAUUAUGAAGCAGGACAUGAGAGGCUGAGAUUAUGAAGCAGAACAUGAGAGGCUGAGAUUAUGAAGCAGGACAUGAGAGGCUGAGAUUAUGAAGCAGGACAUGAGAGGCUGAGAUUAUGAAGCAGGACAUGAGAGGCUGAGAUUAUGAAGCAGGACAUGAGAGGCUGAGAUUAUGAAGCAGGACAUGAGAGGCUGAGAUUAUGAAGCAGGACAUGAGAGGCUGAGAUUAUGAAGCAGGACAUGAGAGGCUGAGAU